AAAAUAGUUGGGUCUGCAUCAAUUGCUAGAAUUGUUGGUGGAAUGAAGCCUACCUAUGGCAUUACUGCUCCCAAGGUCAUGUAUUUCUCUGCUAGAGGACCUGACCCAGAAGAUGAUUCUUUCGUUGAUGCUGAUAUAAUGAAACCCAACUUAAUAGCUCCCGGAAAUGCGAUAUGGGGCGCUUGGAGUCCUCUUGGCAUUGAUACAACCGAUUUUCAAGGUGAACGAUUUGCAAUGGAAUCGGGGACAAGCAUGUCUGCUCCACAUGUAAUGGCUUCUCUAUCAGACAGAAAGGGUGAGCAUAUAAUGGCACAACGCACUAUCUUAAACCCCGACAUUAUUCAGUCCCCUGCAACACCUUUCGAUAUGGGUAGCGGAUUCGUCAAUGCAGCUGCAGCUCUUGACCCUGGUUUGAUUUUCGACAUAGGUUCCAAUGAAUACAUGAAGUUUCUCUGUAGCAUCAACGAAUCAUCUCCAGUUGUUCUCAACUUCACCAGUGAAAGCUGCUCGGCGUACAACUCCUCCCUUGCAGCCUCUGACUUGAACCUACCCUCAGUCACAAUAGCUAAACUAGUUGGUAUUCGAACUGUACUAAGAUGGCCGAUCGACGCGACGCGGUUAUGGUGUGGGGCGAAGAACAACGCGGUUGAUUCGUCGCUACAUACGGCGAUUGAGUGGGCUUGUGGACAAGGCGGCGCUGAUUGUGGUCCGAUUCAGCAAGGUGGACCUUGUAACGACCCGACGGAUAUUCAGAAAAUGGCGUCAUUUGUUUUCAACAAAUAUUCUCUGAAGAACGGCGAAGAGGACGAGGCUUGCAAUUUCAACAAUAAUGUUGCUCUUACUUCACUCAAUCCCAGUAAAAUCUUUCUUCUGAAAUCGAAAUCUUAUACUCCCUCCGUAUUCCUAUAAUUGUCGUUCUACACAUUUUUUCUUGUUAAUAAUUAGAUGUCGUUUUC